GCUGGGGGCGGGGCCUGGAGCGCGCGGCGGCGGGAGCGCGCCAUGGGGGCGGCGGAGCCCGACCUCUACCGGGACACGUGGGUCCGCUACCUGGGUUACGCCAACGAGGUGGGCGAGUCCUUCCGCCCCCUCGUCCCGGUGGCGGCCGUGUGGGCCAGCUAUGGGGUGGCCACAGCCUACGUGACCGCCGAUGCCAUCGACAAGGGCAGGAAAGCGGCAGCGGCCCACGUGCACGACCCCAGCAAGGCGACGCGGGUGGGGGUGGCGGUGGCAGACACCUUCGUGUGGCAGAGCCUGGCCUCCGUGGCCAUCCCCGGCUUCACCAUCAACCGCCUGUGCGCCGCCUCCCUGGCCCUGCUGGGCUCCCUCACCCGCUGGCCUCUGCCUGUCCGAAAGUGGGCCACCACCGCCCUGGGGCUGGCUGCCAUCCCCGUCAUCAUCACACCCAUCGACAGGACCGUGGAUUUCCUGAUGGACUCCAGCCUCCGCAAGCUCUAUGGCAGCGAGGGAGAGCCCCCAUCCUCCCCCUGAGCCCCAUCCCCACGUGGGGACUUAGCCAGCGGAGCCAGGCAGGGAAACUGAGGCACAGUGCUGGUUCUGGAGUGCUGCACCGCCUUCACUGUGAACCCACACUCAGGUUGUGGCCAUGGGGUGGAAGCAUCCGCCCUGUGCCUGGUCCUAAUAAAUCAUUUCAGAUGUCA